GUCAAAAUUUAAAAAUCACACCGCGAGAUCUGAAACCCAAUGCCGUUUUUUUUGUAGAACACGGAUAGUUCGGACUUCGGAUACACUGAAAUGGUUCAUUGACUGAUCGAAUCGACUGGUUGCGUUCCCGACGUCUUCCACUUGGAAGCUUUGAAGGAGAUGGACGUUGCACUUCUGGAAGACGAGAAGUUCGACUUUGAUCUACCACUGUCUUCAGACGAAGAGCAAGAAGAUGACGAUGAGAUCUUCUUUGGUCCAGUUGGACACAAAGAACGUUGUGUGGCCACAAAUGCAGAAGUACAUGCUGUGGCUGAGAAUGAAGACUGGAAGCCUAUGAGCCCAUUGACAGCUGAACAGAUAGUGGAAAUUUUCAAAGAAGCCACUGCUGUAGCUUGUAUGCUUAAGAAUACUGCUGAUGAAGAACAAAAAGAUGAACCAGCAAGUGAUAUGCCUGAGUUGUUAAAAGACAUUGGGAUAGAUAAGUCAGAUUUGCCUCAGACUAAUACAAAAGAAAAUUUAAGCCCUGAUACCAAUCUUGUGGUUGCUAAUGCAAAUAUGGAUGGUAACAAAAGCAUAGAUAAAUUGAUAAAUGCUCCCAAAGAUAAUGAUGCUGGUUUUAUGGUGAGAAGGCGAGCACUUGUUGAGAAGAACUCAAGCAUGGAUACGACUCCUGUAAGCAAGCAUGAUACAAGAGGCACAAGUGGCCUCUCAAAACCAGGAAAGAGUACUCGGUUACACCUGAAAAAAAUCAAUACAGCACCUACAACUCGCAAUUCUAGUGAACUCGUUAGCACACCUAGAAGCAAAUCAAACUCGUUCUCUCGAACAGAUAGAUCCUUCUCUAGAAAUCAUAAUAGCUCAAGCGCAAGCGAUACUUCGUUGACUGAAGAACCAAAAACGUCUAAGUUGACCUUGGUGUCCCGAUCUGGUCUCAAACCGCCUGGAUUUACAGCAAAGCCACGGCCUCGAACAAACUCCAAUUCCUCCGUGUCUUCCAACUCCAGUGCCUCGUCCAUUCCGAGUUUCAACCCAAACGAGACAUUCACGAUAACCCCACAAUCAGAAUCCAUCAAGAAAACAUCCAAAAGAACUUCGACCAGGCAGUUGCCAGCUAGCAAGGGGAGCCUUACCAACAUCGGCAAAGGCUUGGCCAAGCCGACAUUCGCACGGCCGACCGAUGUGGCUAAAACGAGUGGAAAGCCACAGCCAAUGAAAGCCUUACCGCGUGUUUCCACGCUCGGUGCAACCAGAAGCGCUUCCGCGUCCUGUUCGAAAAGUCCUGUCCGGCCCAUGGUGUCCAGAAGAAUUGCCAGCGCUGGUUCGUCACAAGGGGUUACGCCCAGACAAAGCGGAACGCCAACUCAAGGUGCUCAACCCAAGCGACGAAGUAUAGCCAUGCCAGGAUCACAGGUGAAGAAACCCGCGCGAAAUUGUGAUGAGACUUCCGUAGGCUCUUCUGAAGUUUCUACACCACGGAAAGGUCGCCGUAGCCUCUUAGCCACUCCACGUAGCGCUAGCAAGACCUCGAGCAAACCACAGAGCGGUAUGGGCUCCCCUCAGGGGAUGGUGAAGAUGAGAACGCGCUCCAAGGACGAGUGCGGUGAAAAUGCGCCAAGCACUCCACCCAACAAAGGUGUCAAUAGCAAGUCAAUGAGCGCUAGCUGCAUCAAGCGCCGGUCUUUCAUCCCCACCCCCAACUUUAGUCAGAACAAAACCAAGUCUCGUUUCGACUCGGCCACAUGCAGUCCCGACGGUGCGAGAAUCAAGCAACACAGUCCCAGCACCAGCUCAUGUGAAUCAAGUGACGACCCUGUGCCUCUGGAACUCUCGCUUACCUUCGUCUUAAUGCCCGAAAACACAGAUGCACAGAAAGACGAGGAAGAAGCCAGCGCGACGCCUGCUCAAGACCCUGUUUGCGAGCUUGCCAAUGAACAGAACCUAAAUUUCGACACUGAGUGUCAGGAAAACAUUUCUUGUAUGGCUGAUGUCAACCUCUCGCUCGACCCCGAAGUAGAGAAGGCUGUUGAAUAUGAACUAGUCGAUGGCGUGUCUGAACCUAAAAUCCACGACAGCCCUCUACUGAAGAUUGCGCGCGAGGAUGAGUUUGUAGACCCGUUUUCACCUGGGCUUGUAUCGCCGGGUCUCCCCCAAGACGCGUGUUUAAAUCCUAUGGUUGUACACCCAGACGCGGCCGACUUGAUUGACUUGUCCCGUGAUACUCCAAAGCGACCUGUUGAGGUAAACCUGAUUGAUCUUGCAGCCAUGUCUCCUUUAAGAGAAGCGAAGUUGGUAGACAUAUAAUUAAUGCAAGAGUAUAUAAGCAGAUUAAAGAUUGUAUUAUAGAUUUAAUUUGCCGAUUUCGUAAUAAAGAUAUCCUAAUUUCAUUAUUUAACCCAUAGGGACAAUUUCUGAAUACCAAAGGUAAAGGGGCACAACAUACAUGGUUUAGCCGGAACGUGCAACUAACGAAUAGACCCGUGAUUGGACUUGCAAGCAAUGACCCUCCUUAUGGGGAUAGGGGGGGAAGGGUUAGACUAUUCGUAUAACAGUAAACAUAAAGGGGAAUCUCAGCACUUUUGGGGAUUAAAAACUUUGCCUUUC